CUGGUAUUCUGUUUACGACCUCCCUGAAUCAACACACACACCUCCUUCAUACCUAGGACUCCAUUACCUAGGUCUUUUGUUUACUCCGGUCCUCCCGCAAAAUUCUUUCCUGUGAUACCCUCGUCUUACGACAAUCCUCCAGUAUGGCUGUUCGCGCGCAAUUUGAGAACUCGAACGAGGUCGGUGUCUUCGCCCGUUUGACCAAUUCCUACGCUAUCGUUGCUGUCGGUGCCUCCGAGAACUUCUACAGUGUUUUCGAGUCUGAACUCCAGGAUGUUAUCCCUAUCUGCCACGCCACCAUUGCCGGUACCCGUAUUGUUGGUCGGUUAACAGUUGGUAACCGCAAAGGUCUUCUCGUCCCUACCACCACCACAGACCAGGAACUGCAGCACCUGCGUAACACCCUCCCAGACGCGGUCAAGAUCCAGCGCAUAGAAGAGCGAUUGUCCGCACUGGGCAACGUCAUCUGCUGCAACGACCACGUCGCAAUCGUGCACCCCGACCUGGAGCGUGAGACAGAGGAGAUUAUCGCCGACGUCCUCGGCGUAGAAGUUUUCCGCCAAACAGUCGCCGACAACGUUCUGACAGGUUCAUACAUGGCCCUUUCCAACCAAGGUGGUAUCGUCCACCCUAAGACCUCGAUCCGCGACCAAGAUGAGCUCUCCUCCCUCUUGCAGGUUCCUCUCGUCGCCGGUUCCGUUAACCGUGGUUCUCCCGUUGUCGGUGCCGGUAUGGUCGUUAACGACUGGCUCGCUGUUACUGGAUUGGAUACCACCGCUACUGAGCUGAGUGUUAUCGAGUCUGUCUUCAGAUUGGGCGAGAUGGCUCCUGGUGGCACUGGACAGGGUCCUAAUAAGGAGUCCAUUGUUGAGAGUUUCUACUAAGUUAUUCUUUCCUUAUGUUUACCUUUAUUUUCAACGAAUGGAUCUGCAUUGAAUGAAUUGAGAAUUUUUUCUUCUAUGAAGA